UUUUACAGAAGAAACGAGCUCUAUUUUCAACAGUAAGUGCUUAUUAGAAACAUCUAAAAGUAAUAAAUUAUUUCUAUGAAAAAUUAUGUCAAUCGUAAUUUUUCUUGGGAUAUUUAAGUGUCUUAUAAAUUAUUUUACAGUUUAUAAAAAUCUAUUUAAUAAUAUGUCAACCUCUUUGUUUUAAGCAUUCUAAAAUAUAUGCGCAAACACGUAUCAGAUUUUCAGUAGGACUUUUUCGAUUUUCUCUAGUUUGUUUUCUCAUAAAAUACGAAAAACUGAAAAAAAACUGGAAUAUGUACAAAAUAUAUUGCUAAAAUAUUACGAUUUUUUUUUCUUGUGUAUAACUUUUUUACCAGCAAUUUUACUCCAACUUAUAAUAAAAGCAAUGUUUCUAAAAGGAAAUUUCACUAUGGAAGUAUUUAAAACAGAUCAUUUUCCGAUUUUCCUAAGAGUUUUUCCAGCAAAUAUGAAAAAAACGGGAAAACCGUAGGAUAACUGGUAAAAUCAGUACAACAUUAAACAAAUAUUAUUAAAGAAAAUAUAUAAAGUCUAUUUAAUUAUUUUACUAUUAUAUGACAUAUAUUGUUGACAAAGCAUCAUUAUCAACUGAACUCAGCUCAGAAUUGUUUUUUCGUUAGCAAUGACAAACCUUUGCUAACAUUACAAAGCAUCCCUAUCAACUCAGAAUGGGUUUUUCAUUAGCAAUGGUUUAUCGUUGCUUACAAGCAUACAUUAAAUUAUCUAUAACAGUGGCUGCACCCAUCCCCAUUAUCCUAGGACGUCUUUUUUUAGCUUUAUUCUUAUUUAAUUAUAGUUACUGUAAUCUCUGUAACUACUGUAACUGUAUAUUGUUACAUAAUUAUAAGGAUUUUUCACAAUUUAUUUCAUCUUAUAUUUUGAUUCCAAUAUAAUUAAAUUUUUUUAAAGCACUGCAACAUUGUCAAAAUAAAUAGGGCAUCAUAUGUAUUUUCAAAAUUUCGGUACUCAAACCAAAAAAAUUAUUAUCUUAUUAUCAGUUUUUCGAUAGUUUCUAUACUAGAAUUCAUAUUUUUUUUUAUGUUUAUCUGUGUACUCGUCACUAAUAAAUAAAACAUGUUAACUUUAACGCUAUAGAUUCUGAAAAAAAAAAAUACUACCUAAACUCGAUUACUGUUGAACUGUAAAUUUUGAAUCUGUUAUCUCUUAUUUAGAUAGAGCUGAAAAUAUGUUUGUUAUCUAACGAAAUGAGUGGCACUAAAACUAAUGUUCGUAGUUAUAUUUUAUUGAAAUAUGAAAAAAAAAUCAACAAAAGUAAACGGUCGAUCCUUAAACGCAUUAUAAUUAGUUUGGCAACAAUGAAACAUACAUGCUCUCAUUAAAGAUAAUAUAAAUAACUCGAAAAAAUAUUAUUUAAUCUAAAGUUUUGUAUUUAAUUAUUAGAAACUGGAGGCGCAUUGCUGUGCGCGUAUCACGCGUGGGAAAAUUUAAGUAAGUAAAAUGCGUCUAAAAGAUUCUAAAUUCAUCUGAAAGAUCUAAGAUAAUAAUCGAGUUGAAUUAGAUAAGUGAUUUUUGUUUGAAUUUAAUACGAGUAGUCAAGGGUGUAUAUAGAAAAACAUUUCAGGGUAGGGGAGAGAUGAGAGUUUGAAAAAAUAAGAAUAAUGUCGUUAGUUUUUAAUAAUUGUUUGUUAUAUUUUUAAUAAUUCUAUGUUUGAAAUAACUUAUGUCGUAUUUUUCUAGCCUAUAAAGAACUUUCAGGUAAGUUUAUAAAUAUUAAUUUACACUCUUGAGUGAAUUACAAUCAUACUGAAUUUAAUGGGUACAUAAAAAUUAUAAUUUUUUUUACCUGUACAUUAGAUUCUGAGCGUAGCGAGGAAUGUGUUGGUCUUACAAUGAUGUUAUUUUUUUGUGUCUGUUAACAGCUAUUCUUCUUUAUUUAAUCAUAGGUUCAUUAUAAAUUGUACUUAGUGGUUAAAAAAAAGAAGUUCGGCUGAAUCUCAACUAGUAGUUUUUUUUUUUAUAUGUGGUUAAGGGUAGAAUUUUGAAAUUUUUGGUUUUUUUUUUUAGAUUAUUCAAAAGACUACUUUGAAUAUUUGUAUAGUUUCAUUAAAGAAGGUAAUGGAUUUAUUAUUAUUAGCAGUAAGGACCAAAAAAAAAAAAUUUGUUAUAUCACGGCAAUAUUAUUUUGUCCAAAUACAUGUACUUUAGAUUCUGAACAUACCGAUUUAAUCGUAUUAUUGACUACAUGUAGGAACGCAGUGUUAUACUUGUUAUCCAUGGUUGAAAUACACUAGGUUAUUGCCUAUUGGAAUUGUAUUUCAACUUUAAUAUUUUAUCCGAACAUUGUUAAAUCUUAGUAGUGGGAACUACAAUAGAAAAACGAGGGUAAUUUAAACGAUUUUCGUAAUGCUGACUGUGCUAUAUUUAUUGUACAGCAAACAGCGGUGACCGAUAAGUCUCAUAAAAUAGUCAUAAUAAUAAUAAUGAUAAUCAUGAAAAUAAUAAAUUAUAACAAUAAAUGGAAUUACGGUAUCUAUAUGUAACACCUUCCUUCCUUUGAAAACAGCAAAAACACGAGUAUUAAAUAGGAUUACAAAACGAUAAAUAUUAAAAUAUACAAAUGAAAAUAAUUUUAAACAUAACAUAGUAAAACAGGUAUAAUAUUAUAUUCGUAAUAACAAAAUUGUACAGUUAUAAAUUACCUAAUAAAUUAUUACCUAGUUUGUAUUAUAAUAACAAUAUUAUAUUAUUUAUCACAGUGUUUAUGUCUUCGUAUACUGGUACAAUUAUUAGUGAUAACAAAUUUUUUUGUAAAAUAACAAAAUGAGCAUUUUAGAAUAUAAAUUAUAUGAAAUAAACUACAUCUACGAGUAUGUAUAUUAGAUGUGCUAAAAAAAAAAUCAUGGGGUACAUUUGUAUACCCUUGCAUCCCGCAAAUGACGCCCCUGCUAUUAAAAUCUAGUUUAUUAUUUAUAUCUGUGAAUAAAUGGGAAUUACGGUAUGUAAACAUACCAUUAAAACGGCAGCUUAAGGAAAUGAAUUGAUCAUGAAUCAGUGCCAUCACUUUGAUAAUGUUGAACUAUAUAGAAAUCUUUGAUGUACCCUUUCAUUGCCAUUUUUUUAUAUAUAUUUUUUAUCAUCACCUAUUUAAUAACAGUCUAGGGUCUGAUUUACAAAUUUUGGGGCCAGAGACUUUGAUAAAAAGUGGUUUUGUAUAAAGUUAUUAGUUAUUUUAUUCAAAAAUGUUUAUUUUAUUUUAAAAUGUAUGAAUUGAGUCAUAAAAUGUAAGACUAGACUACAUAGAUUUUUUUCUAGUGUCUCUCGCAAACUCAUCAAUGAUAUCAUCAUACGAUAAUUUUAUUGUUAUUUCAUGUUCAACUGUAAAUAAUAUCAGAUUAUUUAGCCUACAGGCUAAAUAAACCACAAAACAAAUUAAUUACUCAUUUUUCUAAAAUGAAUAAUGUAGGUACACAUAACUGACAAAAAAUUCUGUAGAUAUGUACUUAUUAUUCAACUAUAUAUUCAACUACCUAUUUGUUACUUGUUAUUUUAACAUUAAAAUAAAAAAUGUACCUAAUAUAAUUUUAUUUUUAAUGAAUAUUAGGCGAAGCACACAAGCCGCAUAAUUACUGUAAAAAAUAUGCAGGUUCGUAAAAAAAAAACUAAAGCCCUAUAGUAGAUAGACAUGAUGACAGUAAACGCGCCACACCCACUUGUAGUUCACCUAAUAUCAUUAGAUGUAAUAUUUUGCCGCCAAAAUACAAAUUAACUAUAGUAAGUACCAUAGAUUAAAAUUUAUUAAUGUGUAUACAGAGAAAUUUUUUUAUACCAUGAACCAAACAUUUUCUGGGAGCAUUUUAAGUGAAUUUGAUUUUUGUUUUUUUUUUUUUUUUAACUAUUGUCGAGUCGUUUAUCCUUUAUUUUAAAACCAUUUUUUAUUUUUACCUCUAUAUACCUAUUCUAGUAUAUAUUUUUGUUUUUCAAAUAGGAAGCCCAUUUUUGAACAGUUUUGAACAGAAGUUAUUAGUUUAUUAUUUAAAAAGACGGAUGUACUUCGCACGAUGAAUGGGCCACUGUUGUAGGUGAGAAGUUGGGAAGGAAUGAUAUAGAGGGGAAUUUAAUUUAUAUUUGUACGCAAAAAUUAACCAUUGCUAAUAAAAAACGAUUUGGAGCGAAGUUUCUUUUAUACAUGUACAUGCAUUUUAUCGUUUUUCCUACGUUUUUCUCGAUUUUUCCCAAUUAUUAUCAAACCACUUGGAAAAUGAUCAUCUUAAAGUACCGCCCAGGUAUAAUUUACUUUAAGAAAAGGUACUAAACUUGAAAAUCGGAGCAAGAUUUCUGCUAGAAAAGUUGUUUAUAAUGUAAAAAAAAAAAAUUCUAAAAUAAUUAAAAUAUGCUAAUAAUAACAAUUAUACAUUUAAUAUUCGGAGUCUAGUGUGAAGCUCACUCUAAUAUGUGUAUCUAUACCCUAAAUAAUUAACAGACGCUAUAAAAUUUGAGUCCUGAUAAUGAACUAUAAAUCCGCAAAAUACUUGAUAAAAAACUAUAAAUAGUUAACCAAAUACAAAUUAUGUACACAGGUUUCAUUAAGGUUACGUCAUUAUAUUUAUAAAAUAUAAUAAUUUAUCUUUGUAAAACUACAGAAAUUACAAAACACGGGUAAUGUAAUACGUGCCAUGUUUUAAUUUAUUAUAGGCAUUAAUGUACACGAUAAUUUACAAUUAGGUUCGUAAAAUAAUACUUAGUUUUAUUGUAAUAUUACAGUUAUAUCAUAUAGCAUAUUAUGCAGUUAUAAUUCGUUUCUUAAAAUUUAAGCGAAUAUAAUUGUAACCCAUAUGUUCAUAAUUAUUGUAUAACGUCAAUAUCAUUACAUUAUAUUAUUUAAUGUUUACACAAUAUAUACUAUACAAUAUUCAUAUUUCAUUUUUAGCGCCAAGUGCUUCAACUUCGACUCAGGAUAAACUACUAGCAG